AUGUCACAUAUUCGGGCUCUAUGCCCACCCCCAGAAAUCUUGCUCGAAAUCGGCAGGUUUACUGGGCCUCCUGGUCUCGCCGUUUUGCUUCUAGCCAACAAGUGGCUCAAUGAGUUUCUCUCACCGCUUCUGUACUCUGCGGUUGUACUGAAAGAACCUCGGUCGACACACAUGUGGCUCAGGACGCUGUUGACUUCUCAAAACGAACUAUUCGGCGCCAGGGAUCUCGUGGGUCUUGUUCGAAGCCUCCACGUCAGCGAUGUUUUGUCGAAGUUCUCGAUCGCGCACUUCUUCGAGGACAAGAUCAAGGCCGGUAUCUCGCAAGUGCUCCCACGGCUCACUUCUCUACGCGAACUCUGCUUCAGAAGUCCUCGGGUGCUGACGAUCGACGUCCUCGUUGACUUUCUGCAUAUGUCACGAGGCAACAUAUCUUCGAUCGAUGUGGUUCUUGCCGAAAACGAGCAGGGCCGCAUACCCUUCGAGGAAGAGCGACGCUUCAAGCGUACCCUCCAACCCCUCGGCAACCUCACCCUCCUCCGAAUCAACCACUUCCAUCACUUUCCACUCGCAUGCACCGACUUUCUCCAGCGACUCCUCACAGCUCAUUCCAACCAGAUCUGCACUCUCUCGUUGUCGGACUCAGACGAGCGUAUCUCCAGACGUAUCAUUGGCACUGCUCCUAGAUUCCCCAUGCUUAUAGACCUGGAUCUCGACGUCACUGUCUUCUUCCUCCGCAAGUUCCCUCACAAGGCCUUCCCUCGCGUUCAGACGCUGACAUUGCGUGGCGGCGAAGACGUGCUCAACUUCGAUAUCCGGGAAAAAGGAAGACUCCCGCCCUCCGCGUAUCCGCUCCUGGGGAAGAUCUCUUGUGAAGAUCCGUUUCUACACGUCUUCCUUCCCGCAGGUGCCGGCCCCCACGGGCGGCGCCCCAUCCACACGAUCCAGCUUAAUGACGCUAGUUGGGAAGCUGACGGGGACUACGAUGGAAUCGCGGGAGAUUGGUGGUCGGUUGCGGACUCGUUGAAGUCCCUGCGCUUUUCCGGCACGCCCGUCCGGCACUUGAGCUUCUGCUCGGAUGACAUCCAACUGGCGCAGCUCGCCUCUCUAUCCGAGUGUCUCAUAUCGCUCGAGACCCUUGUCAUCGCAACGGUUCGCGGGCCCGCCCUCGACUGCGAUAGUAGCGUCGAGCAUUUGCUCGCGAAGAUGCCGCGCCUCCACACUCUUCUAUUCUCGGAUGCGCCCAGCAGAACGAACAACAUGCUGCAGUACUCCCCUGUUGGACGCUCCCGGACGAAGCAGUGCGAAAUUGUGACACGAUGGAGCCAGCGGGGUGUGUCUCUGCGCCGCAUCGCGUUCACGGUAAUGAUGGAGUGGGUACGGGGUGCAGAAGGCUGGGAGCUGAGAGACUAUUCGGACGAGUAUGAGAUUGUGACGGACAGCGAUACGUUUGGCGACGACUCGGGGGACGACGGCUUGGAGUACGACCGUGGCGUGGAAGAUGACGGCUCGGAAUAG